UAUUUUUGUUUUGCUUUGAUAUCCAUUGCGUCUCAAAUGCUGCAUUUUUUACCUGUCAAGAUGAAACAAGCAAUCAACAUAACCGUUUUAUUCGCUUUAGUGAUUUACACCACGACAUUUCAGGAUGGACUUUUCGUUUCUGCCUACGGGUAUCGCAGUUUGGUCUCUGCAGGAGCUGCUUCAUCCACGAAAAGAGAAAAGAGAACACUAAAAAUCUCAAAGCAGCAAGAAGAUGACGCGGGGACCACACAAUUAUCAACGACGACGCCAGUUUCCGGUACAACUACGGAAACGAAUGGUGGGUGCACAGACUGCUAUGGACGCGACUGCGGCGCUGAUAUCGGCUCGCGCAAAGUUGAACAGGACGACCCGGAGCUGGGCGAGAUGGAGGAGGAGCUAGUAAAGCGGAUCAACGAGUACCGCGAGGCGAGCGGGCUUCCGCCCGCGAAGUGGGACGUCGAUCUGGCGGCCUACGCCCGGGGAUGGUCACACGACCAGGCGCGCAUGGGGCUGCUCUCGCACGACUACUUCCAAGAACGCGCCCAGGCAUACGAGCAGGAGAUGCUGACGAAGCACAAUCUGAAGCGGUGGAUGAUGGCAGAGAAUUGUGCGCAGAACACCAGCGCCAACGGCGCCUUUGAGUCAUGGAAAACGUCCCAGGGCCACAACGCAAACAUGCUGGCAGAGGGCGCGAACUAUAUCGUUGUUGGCAUCGCGCGCGAUGUGGAGCGUGGCACCAAUGCGCUCUACUUUACCCAGCUGAACGCGGGUGAUGUGUAGCCACAUAGGCACGUCGUGUCGGUAGAUGAAACCCGGGGCCGCCUGGUUUACCGGUGCUGGUGCUAUGGGCGCUUUGAAAGUCUUGAUGGUGCGAAGAUGACUUGAUUGUUGGUGCUACCAGCUAAGUUUUUGUACGCCAAGUGUUCAUGGUAUCGACUUCGAGUCUAAGCGACGAUACGACCAUGUUGGCCGGGCUGCUAGUGUGAGCUUCCCGACUUGUCGUCGUUGGUAGCCAUAGGACACUUGAGUGUCGUCUUUCUCUUAGCCUUUGUAUUCGUGCCCGUUCCGAACGGAUCAGAGUCAGUGUGAUGGGUUAUACGAAAGUUUUUCGAUUUCGGAUUGUCUUCCUCUUUCUCCUUGAUUCGUGUCGUCCGCCCGCAACCCCAGUUCGGCCAUC